UGGGAGUAAAAAUGGAAGACCAAUUUUACUGUUUCAUCACCGUGUUGUGGUCUUGUGGACCUCGUGGACUCGUGGUGCAAAUGUGCUAUGACUUUUUUUUUUUUUUUUAAUUUUUUUUUUUUUUUAAAUCAAGGGAAGAAAAGAAUCCUAAAUUAACCGGCUUAAGAGGGACAAAAGAAAACAAAGUUACUUAAAAAAGAGGGAAUGAAGUAAACGAGUUGCAAUUUCAGAUUUUGAAACCCUAGUUCAUCUUAGAUCUAAAAUUAGUCAAAAACCCUCUUUUUCUAGAAUUCAUGGUAGCUUUAAAGCUGAAUCUGCAGAUCAUUUUCAUGUUAUUACCCAGGUAAUUUUUCAAUUUUCCCCUAAUCUAUUUUGAAUGUUCUGAAAUUAAGCUCAUUUUGAGUGCUUAAUUCGGCAUAAUACUAUCUGGGAUUUGAUAAAUUUGCAAAUUUGAAGAUACCCAGUUGAAUUUUUUGUGAAUUUAUAGGGACCCAAUUGAUCAUUGGGUCAAUUAGUGUGGAAAUAAUUUUGUGGGUUUAGAGAAAAUGGGUCAAAAUUAUGUGUUGAAAGAGGAAGAAAAAGUUAUGGUGGAAGCUGUUGUUGGGAAAGAUGCAUAUAAUUUCUUGAUGUCAACAGCAUGUGAUGAUUCUCUGUCAGAAUUUAAUCCACCAGGUGAUAUUUUGAAUUUGCAACAAGGGUUAUGUCAAAUUGUUGAUGGAUCUAGUUGGAAUUAUGCAAUCUUUUGGCAAAUUGCUAGCUCUAAAAAUGGUAAGACAGUGUUGAUUUGGGGGGAUGGGCAUUGCCGGGAUCCGAAGGCGGUGUUAGCUAGAGAGAGUGUAGAUGGUGGGAAUGGGAAAUUUGGUAAAAAUGAGGCCAAAAAGAGGGUUCUUGAGAAGCUACAUGCUUGUUUUGGGGGAUCAGUGGAGGAUAAUUUUGCUGCAACAUUGGAUAAAGUAUCAGAUGUUGAGAUGUUGUAUCUUACAUCUAUGUAUUAUUGGUUUCGGUUGGACUCUUCUUUGGGUCCUGCGAAAUCCUUUACUAGUGGCAGGCCAAUUUGGGUUUCGGAUGUUAGAAGUUGUUUAGAUCAUUACCAAUCGCGUGCACACUUAGCGAAAUCAGCUAUGUUUCAGACAGUUGUGUUUGUGCCUGUGAAAACUGGAGUUUUAGAGUUGGGUUCUGUGAGAACUGUUAUGGAAGAGCAUAGUUUGGUGCAAAUGGUGAAGACUGUAUUUGGUGAAUCACAUUCUUUUCCGGCCAGAGCUUCCCCUAAAGUUUUUGGGCGUGAUCUUAGUCUUGGUAGUGGUUCUAGACCACGCUCAAUGAACAUAAGUUUUGCUCCAAAGAAGGAAGAUGACGCCUCAUUUUCUGCAGAAUCUCAUGUUGCUGGGAAUGAUAUAGGUCCUAAGAAUAUAUUUGUGUCACCUUCUAAUGGAAAGCAUGGUGAACACGGUGACAAGAAACUCUUUUCAGAGAUCAAUUUUGGGGGUUCAAAUCCAGAGACUGAUUUCCCUGCAUUAGAUGAGGCUAGCAAAGAGUUUUUGUUGCAUGCUGCUGAGCUAAGAGCACGUAAGAGACCAGUUAGGAGACCCGCUAGUGGGAGAGAAGAAGCAAUGAGCCAUGUCUUAGCAGAAAGACAAAGACGAGAGAAGCUUAACCAACGGUUUUAUGCAUUGAGAGCUGUUGUCCCAAAUAUCUCUAAGAUGGAUAAGGCGUCACUUCUUCUUGAUGCCAUUUCAUAUAUUAACGAUCUCCAAACUAAGAUCAGUGCGCUUGAGGCUGAAAAGGAGGCUGCUAAUCCCAAGCAGGAGGAACUUCCUCUCCCAGAGAUUGAUUUUCAGGCAAGGCAAGAUGAUGCACUUGUUCAUGUUAGUUUCCCUCUUGAUGAUCACCCUGUUUCUAAAGUUGUAAGAACUUUGAGGGAACAUCAACUUGUCGCACUAGAGGCCAAUGUUAGUACAGCAGAUGAUAAAAUGGUUCAUACAUUCAAAAUCCAAGCUCAAACUGAAGGGGCUGAGAAUCUUAAGGAGAAGCUAGAGACUGCUCUUUCCAAAUAAACUACAAUAGGAGAAAGUUUAAUUGUAUAAUUAUUCUUUGUUCUAUAAUCAUAAGUUAAAGUACACAUGUUUCAGACGAGGUUUUGAUUUUCUUCCUUAAA